AUGCAGUGCAUCCUAUGCGCCUAUCGUCCUCCUAACACUACUCAUGUCGAACACUGUCUUAGGGGAUCCUUUCAUAAGAUCACGGCUUUUAAACCUAUUUGCGUGCUGGCCAUUGGUGACUUCAACAAGCACUCCUUGGAUAGCCUCUUUUCGACUACUCGAAGUCUGGGUCUUUCGCAAAUCGUCCGUGAGCCGACUCAUAUACACGGUGGUACUCUUGAUAUGGUCUUCACCAGCUCUGAUACCCACUGUUUCAAGGCCAAAGCUGAUCCUAUUGAGGCUCGUAUCUCGGACCACUCGUGUGUUGUCACCACUAUUCCUAUCACACUGACGACGGACUCAUCUGAGAUGAGUCAUCUCGGACCACGCGACCUGGCUGGGACUUCGGGGUAG